CUGCUUAUGAGAUAUACAUUGGAUGCCUAUGGUGUUUGUUUAUAAGUUAUGGUGUUUCUUACGUUUUGGUAUGUGUGUAUUGGUGAAGUUAUAUUGCAUUGGCUGGUUAAAGCAGUAUGGAUCUUGAAUUGCCUUGAAAAAAAGUUCCAAGCGCAGCAAGAAAACAGUUGUAAUGGCUUCACCGAUACGAAGAAGCGGUAGAUUGCAGCUUGCAGAGAUUAAGAAAAGGCCAAAAGUAUACGCAGAGCAUGUCGACUUGGGCGAGGAUGACGAAGAUUCUGUGGAAGAUGGUGGUGCAAAUGGGAAUGAGAAUGAUGGUUCAGAUGUGUCUGAAGAUGAUGAAGUGAGUGGGGGAGAUGAUGAUGGGAGUGCAGAUAAGGAGACUGACAGUGAUGAUGCAUUUGAAGACCCACCACAGAAGACGUCAACUGACCCAUCACCGAGCACUGUGAGGAAGAAUGCAGGAACAGAAAAGAAACGAAAGAGGCAAGGGAUUACAAAAUUGAAGGAAAAGUACCCACGAAUUCAGUCGAGAGCUUCUCCCAGCGUUUUGCAAAAAGUGGUUGAAGCUUUGAACGAUGUUCAGAGGCGGGAUGUUGUUAGGAUUGGGUUUGGGUCUAUGUUAAGGAUCAAGUUAACUGAACUUCCUGCAAAACUAGGAUUUUGGGUGGUUGAUAAAUUCAAUCCUAGGAGUAGCAGUCUUGAACUUGCAGAUGGAACAAAGGUGCGUGUGACGGUCGAUGAUAUUAGACAUGUUUUGGGUUUGCCAUGUGGGCGUUUGAAGGUAUUAAGCAAAAAAAAAGGUGAAAAGUGUGAUAUAGUGGAGCAGUUGAGGGUUGAGAUCGGAAUGAGGGACAACAAGAUCAGCCCUUUAGAGCUUAGUGAAAAGGUACUGCAAUAUACUGAUGGUGGUGUAUGGUUUUGUCGUCUUUUCGUGUUGUUAGUUGUGUCUGUUUUGGUUGAAAGCCCAAGCCAUGGAUAUGUAAACAAUUGGGUUUUGAAAAGCUUGGAGGAUGUGGAUGGGAUUGCACAGUUAAACUGGUGUGAAUAUGUGCACCGAUCUUUGAUUGAUAGUAGAGUGAAGUGGGAGAAGGGGAAUAGGAAAUGCUAUACUGGACCACUCUUGUGCUUGAUGGUGUUCUACGUUGACCGAGUGGUGCUCUAUAGUAGAGACGUAGAGAGAAUGUCGCCUGCAUGUCUGGGAUGGACAUCUAAGAUCCUAAGGGAUAGGGAAAAUAACGAGGUCAAAGCAGGUGGAUUCGGGUUGGGGUAUGACGAUGGUAGAUUUCUGGGUGAGGUGAUGGAUGUGAGCUCUGGUGACGCAGUUGUUGGUGCGUGUUUAGAACAGGUUAAUGUCAAAACUGGUAAUGGUGACACGGCAGAACCAAUGGGAGAGCCGAGGGAUGAUCCGGUAGAGGUUUUUGUUCAAAAGUUUGCAGAAAAGGGGAAAGUACUGGCUACCACAAUCAUCGACCUAGUGUCGUUGAUUGAGAGUGCACCACCUGGUACCAUGGAGAAUGAUGUGUUCAAGCAGCUACAGCUUGCAGCGGGUAGAUUGUUAGGUCUGGCACAACGUAGAGGCGGUGGAAGCUUAGAAACACCUGAUGGAGGUUUUUCAGAAGUGACUUAUGAUGAAGGUUUCUGGAGCAACGCUGCAAACAUAGAACAGUUGAAGGCGACUGAGGAGGCAGUGCUGGCACGUUCAAAAUACAAGAAGAUCAUGGAGGAUAUGCCAUCUUUCAGUCUGGGGUUCUCGCAAAUGGAUGGAGUGAAUGAGAAUGUGAAUAUUGAUGGUGGUGAUAUCGGUGCUUGCAGAAAUACUCCUAGCACUCCAGCAGUUCGGGUAGUGAAUGAGCCGGAGAGUAACCCUGUGGUUGAAAAUGUUUUCAUAACACCCGAAGAAGUGCAUUAUCGUGUGGGAGAUGCAGUUGAUAGGGAUUUGGCAGGUGGAAGUAGAAAUCAGCCAGAUAGGCUUGGGAUGACAGCGGUUGCUGGUGUGAGUGCAGUGGGAGGUGAAGCAAUACAAUGCGCAAGGAAGCUGGCUAGGAGUAUAAAACCUGCCGGGCCUUUGAGAUCACCCUACAUUACGCGACCAGUUGAACCUUCCGAUGGGUUAUCUGCCCUGGAGAAGAGGGUGACGAAUUGGGUGUUGCAGAAUCCAAAUGCUCCAAAGGAUGAAGCUGUUUUCGUGAAGGAUGAAUUUGAGUUAACAAGAGGUGAAAUUGCAUCGUUGGACAUAGGGAAGCAUGUUUCAAAGAGGGUGAUAGAUGUGUGGUCAAUAAUACUCAACCACAAUGAGAAAUUCAGAAGUGAGGAAUCCCCGUUACGUGUGUUUGCUAGGAGCAUGGAUUGUGUAGCAAAUGGGGAUAUAGUCGAUGUGUUUGAGGCGAACGUGAAGAACAUGUUUGCAAAUGCGCUGCUUCCUGCAUGGGAUGACAUGGCAGAUGAUUUCAACUGGGGGAAAGCUGAACUGUUUUUCUUUCCAAUUAUGCAACAGAACUGGGCAUAUGUGUUGUGUGUUGACCUUAAGAGCAGACGCUGUGACAGAUAUGGUGACAUGCCAAAACGAGUUGUGAUGUUGUUGGGUGAUUUUCUUGAGCAGCAGAGGUUUGUUUACAAAGGUAAAUGUGUUAGAGAAAUGGUUGCUAAGAGAAUUACGUUCCCUUGGAGAGAUCCGAAGGCUACGUUUGACUACGGUGUGGCAACCAUGCGUCAUAUGGAGACGUAUAUGGGGGAUGGUGGCAAAGGAUGGAACUGUGGCUUGUCAAGGUUAAAUCUGAAACCUCUGAUGUUGCUGCGAUGCAAGUACUGUGCAUGUAUACUUCUAAGCCCAGUUAAUGCACUGUUGGACAAGGUUUACGAAGAGUCGGAGAAACUCGAAAGGGAGAGGAAAGAAAAGGGUCCUAAGUGAACCCACCCCUGGAAUGGCUGCACCUUACCUUUGUGUUUUUGUUUCACUAUUUUAAUUUGUUGUUGGUGACAUUUGGUGACACAGUUCAUUGGUGGAAUUGUUUUUUGGGAACAAGUAUUCAGCCCAUAGUUGGGUUUUUUAGAUUUUCUAGAGGCAGUGGUUUUUUUUGUAUAUGGUGUGAAUGGUUAUGUUUUUUUGAAUGAAGUUGUGGUGUUGCC